AGGCUGCGGCGGUGGCUACCGGGCCGUUGGGGAGGGGCCAGUGGGGGAGUGAGACGGCGCAGUGACAGGACCGCCGAGUGUGCUGCUGAGGCGACGAUGGCGGAGGGGCCGGAGAAAGCCCGAGGCCGCCCUCCCGGGCAGGACGACGGCGGAGGGGACCACGAGCCCAUUCCUUCCCGAAGAGGCCUUCCCGCCGCCGCCCCACGGCCCCGGGACGGGCCGCAGGCCGAACCCCAGGCUCCGGGCCGGCCCCCAGCCCCGGGCCUCGCUCCCCCCGCGGCCGCCGCCGAGGAGUCGGAGCCGCCGCGCGAGCCCGAGAACGGCAGGGAGGCGGGCUCUGGCUCCGGCCCCGCUGCGGGCCUGCAGGCGCCGACAGGCUGCGAGGCGCCCGAGGCGGCGGCGCCGCGGGAGAAGCCGGCGCGGCUGAGCGCCCGCGAGUACUCCCGGCAGGUGCACGAGUGGCUGUGGCAGUCCUACUGCGGCUACCUCACCUGGCACAGCGGCCUGGCCGCCUUCCCCGCCUACUGCAGCCCCCAGCCGCCCGCGCCCAGCUACCUCGCGGGCGCCGCAGCUGCUCCGGCCGCCGGGCCGCCGCCCCUGCAGCUGGGCUAUUACAGCCCCUUCUACUUCCUGAGCGCCGCGGCCGCCGGGCCCGAGCCGCCGGCCUCCGCCGGCCUCACCGCCUCGGCCCCGGUCGCCGGCCCGGGAGCCCGCGCGCCUCACGUGCAGCCGCCGGCCCGGGCAACCACCGCGACGAGGGUAGGACCCGCCGCCGCCUCGCGAGUCCCGAGCGAGACCGGGCGGCAGGCAGGUAGAGAGUAUGUUAUUCCAUCCUUGGCCCACAGAUUCAUGGCAGAGAUGGUGGAUUUCUUUAUUCUCUUCUUUAUAAAAGCAACCAUUGUCUUAAGCAUUAUGCACCUUAGUGGAAUAAAGGAUAUCUCUAAGUUUGCUAUGCAUUAUAUAAUAGAAGAAAUAGAUGAAGACACAUCAAUGGAAGACUUGCAGAAAAUGAUGGUUGUGGCGCUUAUAUACCGAUUAUUAGUUUGUUUUUAUGAGAUAAUUUGCAUUUGGGGAGCAGGUGGAGCCACCCCAGGGAAGUUCCUGCUAGGGCUUCGAGUUGUGACAUGUGAUACAUCAGUGCUUAUUGCACCAAGUCGGGUUUUAGUGAUUCCUUCCUCCAAUGUUAGCAUUACAACGUCCACUAUACGAGCUUUGAUCAAGAAUUUUUCUAUUGCUUCUUUUUUCCCUGCUUUCAUCACACUGCUGUUUUUUCAGCAUAAUCGAACAGCCUAUGACAUUGUAGCAGGAACCAUUGUGGUAAAAAGAAAUGGGGUCAGAUGAUGCCCCAAAAAACCCUGAAUUCCAUACUCUCUGGAAUAAUGACAAGACUAAAUUAUAUAUCAAGACCAUCAGUAUCCCUGGGUUACAUUAACUGAUGAUUUAGAAGUUAAAGCAGCUGCUCCAUUGUGAUGCAG